UAAAGUUGUUUGCUCAUUUUCAGGAGUAAUAUGCCAAGAUAAAGAUAUCGGCACCGAACAAAGAAGCAUAUGCCAGUCAAUAUAUCCGUAAGAUGACACCAAUUUCUAAGAACAUGGUUUCUGUCUCUCUCUGGAUAACAGUCGUAAUUCUUUUUGGUUCUCUCUGUGAUGGUGGCAAAAUCUUGGUGGUGCCUGUGGAGGGAAGUCACUGGGUGAACAUGGACAUUCUCAUCAACGCUUUACAUAGUCAAGGGCACAGCAUUGAUGUAAUACGCACCUAUAAUAGCUGGUUCGUAAAGGAGAAUUCAACUUAUUACAACUCUAUAACCAUACCAAACACCAAAGGAAUGGAUGAAGAAUUUUUAGAAGACAUGCUCUCCAAACUAAUCGACCAUGAAAAAGGAAAAAGGUACUGGCUGAGCGCUGUACGGCUGAGUUUGGAUAUGGUUAGUGACAUGGUUAAAAUGCAUAAAAUGAUAUGUCAGCUUAUAACAAACAUGUUUGAAAGUGAGGAAAUUAUGAAGGCACUGCAUGAAAAACAGUAUGAUCUGAUGCUUACUGAUCCGGCAUGGGGUGCAGGCAUUCUCCUGGCUCAUGAACUCAAGUUACCCAUGGUAUAUAAUGUGAGAUGGACCACUACUGGUGAGGGACAUUUUGACGUCGCUCCCUCACCAAUGUCUUACAUCCCUAUCACGGGAUCUGGAAACACUGACAAGAUGAACUUCUUCCAACGAGUAAAAAAUGUUUUUUAUUAUUUCCUAAUGGCCUUUCAGUACAGCUAUUUUAAUUUGCCACAGUACCAAGCACUUUGUGACAAAUAUUUCCAUCCGCCUGUACGUUUUAUUGAACUUCUCCAGGGGGCUGAUAUAUGGCUUAUGAGGGUUGAUUUUGUUUUUGAAUUUCCACGUCCAACAAUGCCAAAUAUCAUCUACAUUGGCGGCUUCCAAUGCAAACCAGCGAAGGCCCUUCCACAUGAUCUGGAAGACUUCAUGCAAAGUUCUGGAGAGCAUGGAGUCAUCAUCAUGUCUUUAGGGUCGUUUAUCAGUGCCCUACCAGAUGAUUUAACAGCGGAAAUAGCUACUGCUUUUGCUCAGCUCCCGCAAAAGGUAAUUUGGAGAUACACUGGAAAGAGACCAUCUACUUUGGGGAACAACACAUUACUGGUUGACUGGAUGCCACAGAACGAUCUUCUAGGGCAUCCAAAGACUACAGUUUUUAUUGCACAUGGCGGAACCAAUGGGGUUCAAGAAGCUUUGUACCACGGUAUUCCAGUGGUUGGAAUUCCAUUCUUUUUUGACCAGUACGACAAUCUUCUUCGGUUGCAAGAAAGGGGAGGAGCUAAUAUUGUUUCCAUCGCAACUUUAGAUAAAAACACACUGUUUAAAGCCAUACAGGAAGUAAUCAAUGAACCAUCUUACAGACUGAGUAUGCAGAGACUCUCUCAUCUGCACAGAGACAAGCCAGUUAAACCUUUGGAAAGCGCCCUCUUUUGGAUUGAGUUUGUAAUGAGACACAAAGGUGCUGCUCACCUCCGAACAGAAUCCUACAAACUGCCUUGGUACUCCUAUUACUCAGUAGAUGUUACAGUUACAUUGUUUGCAGUUGUUUUGAUAUUCACUCUCUUCAUAUUUUUAACCAUUAGAUUUGUGUGUGGCAAGUGUUGCAGCAGAAAAAGGAAAACUGAGUGACAUUAUUAAAUGGUCAUGAAACCAUAAACCAAAUUUCCUGUAAUUUUAACUGAGUUAUGAGUGUUGAACAUCAUUGAAGUCAAUUACCAUCUGUUAGUUUUAAAUGUAGGAGAGAACUAGUUA